AUGGCUCUAGAGCUCUCGAUCGCGUUUAACGAGAAGAGCACGCAAAAUGAACGAGGUGUGUGGAUAAAGAUUCUUGAUACAUCUAACUGCACGUUACGAGACGAGACGAGACGAUAUAGUACAGCAUGCUCCACCACGAGCGAAGCAGGCGCAUUUAUCGCCAAUGGAAAAGCGAUGCUACACACUGGUACGCACUGCUACUCAGCUACGCUAUGUAAGUACUGUGUUGUACACCACAAGUUCGUGAGAAAGAGUGGAGUACGUCAUGGAUGA